AUGGCUCGAUCAAUAUUCAAUUUACCAUGCCUAGCCUAUGUUUAUCUCAUCCUUAGCUCUUGCACCAAUGGCAUUUUAGCAGCUGAAAGUGGUACGGACAGUCAAGGUGCCGUAUCCAGCGAGAGCAAGCUAUGCAGUGAAAUCGGUAUUGGUUUGCUGAAAAGAGGGGGCAAUGCGGCGGAUGCUCUUGUAGCUACGACGCUUUGCGUGGGCGUUGUGAGCUCACAUCAUAGUGGCAUCGGGGGUGGUGGAUUCAUGCUCGUUCGAGGCUCAGAUGGCCAGUAUGAGUCCAUUGAUUUCCGAGAAACUGCGCCUGCAGCUGCGUCGGAGAAUAUGUAUGAAAACAACGUGAUCGGAAGCGUUCGAACUGGGCUUGCAUCUGGAGUACCCGGCGAUGUGCGAGGGUUGGAAUACUUGCACAUAAAAUAUGGAGCUCUUCCUUGGAAAGCAGUUUGCCAUCCUGCUAUUCAUUUGGCGAGAUAUGGAUUUCUAGGCAAGUAA